AAUUUCUGAUGUAAAACAUACGGGCGGAGGGACGAUUUUCGUCCACAAAAAAAGAAUCUGUUUUCGCCAUGGCGUACUUCCGGACCAAAUUCCAAAUUCCCAGUGUAACAUCUCUAAAGGAAAACGGUCACUAUCAAUCAAUAGUGUUCAGGAGUCCCUCGAUAAUACAGUCGAUAUUGACAAGAAAUAGCAGGUGUUUUUGGUCCCGGAAGUCGGACGAUCAACCAAUCGAACAUGGCGUCGGUAACUGCGGGGAACCCUUACCGCCUUGUAUGGAUCUCGUCAGCAAGGGUUGUUCGUCGAAGUGUCUCGAUUCAGAAAAACCCCGGAAGGGAUGGAGAUAUAGAUUCUUCAGCAUUAGAAAACAGUCAGUUGCGAAGGAAAAGCCAAGCAAUUGUAAGAAAAUGGAAAAAGUAGAGGAAAAGUUGACCUGGUGGGCGAAGAUCUUUGGCCCAGAUCCUAGGAGAUCUUCGCCCGAUCCGUGUACUUGUAAAUUGGCACAUAGGACAAGAAAAACAAUGAGAGAACAUGAUCCUAGACUAUGUCAUGAUCCACGAUAUCAGCAGACUAAGGGAGACGUGCUUUUAUAUACGGAAAUGAUAAAAAUGUCUAAGGCGCCUUGCUUGGAACCGCAACCGAAACCUCCACCAGGAUACAAAGUCCCUAAAGCGGUAUUUUUCAGGAAACUAAACAGUAAUUGUGAUAUGAUGCUGCUUAAUCGUAUGGUUGAUGAUCAUGAAAUGUGUGAAGUUAAAAAAGAUACGCAAUUAGAGGCGACGUAUAGAAUUCCAUAUGAAGAAUUGAGACCACCGGAAAAAAGGAGAAAAUCGUUUAGUUGUAAAUCAGGAGUUCAAUCCAAAGAUGUUCUUCCACCAAUGAAUUCGAAAUUAAACUCUCGUGAAUUUCUUCAGCAUCGAUAUAUCCAUAAACCAAAUUCAAAACUUCUUAAACAUUCUCAAAUACAUAAAAACGAAUUAUGCGAAGACAAAAGCAGUUUCAAUCAGAUGGAACAAAAACGAUCCAGAAUAGAGCAAUUGAAAAUUCUUAUUAAACAAAAAGACACGACUCAUUGA